CCAUUCCUGCGGAGCCCGGCCCCGCGCGCCACCGCCCGGCGGCCAAUCGGGAGGCGCCCAGCCGCAUACGGGAUGAGCGCGCCCGGCGGCGGGCGGCUGAGCCGGGGCUGAGCCGAGGGGUACGCCGGGACCCUCCGCCCGCGAGCAGCGCACCGAUCUUUCUGGAUCCCUGUCUGAUUGCUCCAUGGUCUCAAACUCUCCCCUGUAACUGUCUCAAGGAGCCAAAAUGAAGUUGAAGCAUAACAUCAACCCCAUUCUUCUGCAGUUUAUAAACUUUAUUAUCUUGGUGUAUACGGUUGUAACGUACAUUCCUUGGUACAUAUUUUCAGGCUCAAGGCAGGCUAUAGCAAAAUCCAAGCAGGUUAAGGCUAGACCUGUGAAUAACAGGCCUGGGGGUGCAUACAGGUCUGUUAACAGUCUGCACUGCUUAGCUUCAGUUCUAUAUCCUGGCUGUGAUACACUUGACAAAGUUUUUAAGUAUGCUAAAACUAAAUAUAAGGACAAAAAGCUGUUAGGAACGCGGGAAAUCCUGAAGGAGGAAGAUGAAAUCCAGCCAUCAGGAAAGGUUUUCAAAAAGGUCAUCCUUGGCAAGUACACCUGGCUUUCAUAUGAAGAUGUGUACAUCAAAGCUGUUAAUUUUGGAAAUGGCUUAGCAGUGUUGGGUCAGCAACCAAAGACAAACAUUGCUAUCUUCUGUGAGACUAGAGCUGAAUGGAUGAUUGCAGCACAAGCCUGCUUUAUGUGCAACUAUCAGCUUGUUACUCUGUACGCUACCCUAGGAGGUGCAGCAAUAGUACAUGGGCUAAAUGAAACAGAGGUGACCACCAUCAUUACUAGUAAAGAGCUGAUGCAAACAAAAUUGAAGGCAAUUGUUUCUCAAAUUCCACGGCUGCGACAUAUUAUUACAGUGGAUGGCAAACCAACAACGUGGUCAGAAUUUCCCAAGGGUGUCAUUGUUCACACUAUGGCUUCUGUGCAAGCUAUGGGAGCCAAGGCAGACAGUGGAAACAAACAGCAGGCCAGGCCUGUACCUUCUGAUAUUGCAGUGAUCAUGUAUACAAGUGGAUCCACAGGAAUUCCCAAAGGAGUUAUGAUCUCCCACUGCAACAUAAUUGCUGGUAUAACUGGAAUGGCUGAAAGGAUUCCAAAUCUGGGGGAAAAAGACAUUUAUAUUGGCUACUUGCCUCUUGCCCAUGUUCUGGAGCUGAGUGCUGAACUUGUGUGCCUGUCUCAUGGAUGCCGCAUUGGUUACUCAUCACCUCAGACAUUGGCUGACCAGUCCUCUAAAAUCAAGAAAGGAAGCAAAGGUGAUGUUACUACACUUAAACCAACUCUAAUGGCAGCUGUGCCGGAAAUUAUGGAUCGAAUCUACAAAAAUGUCAUGAAUAAGGUAAAUGAAAUGACGAGUUUCCAGAGAAAUCUAUUUAUAUUGGCCUACAAUUACAAAAUGGAACAGAUUUCCAAAGGCUACACGACCCCGCUCUGCGAUAGCCUUAUUUUCCGGAAAGUACGAAUGCUGCUAGGUGGAAAAAUUCGCAUCCUGCUUUGUGGAGGAGCUCCACUCUCUGCAGCGACUCAGCGAUUUAUGAACAUUUGUUUCUGUUGCCCUGUAGGGCAGGGGUACGGGCUCACUGAAUCAGCUGGAGCUGGAACAAUCACAGAAGUUUGGGACUACACUACAGGGAGAGUGGGAGCACCUUUGGUUUGCUGUGAAAUCAAGUUAAUGAACUGGGAAGAAGGUGGAUAUUACAACACUGAUAAGCCGUAUCCUAGAGGUGAGAUUCUUAUUGGAGGGCAAAAUGUGACUGUAGGCUACUAUAAAAAUGAAGGACGAACCAGAAAGGAUUUCACUGUUGAUGAGAAUGGGCAGAGGUGGCUCCAUACUGGAGAUAUUGGAGAGUUUCAUCAAGAUGGAUGUCUAAAAAUUAUUGAUCGUAAAAAAGACCUUGUAAAACUCCAAGCAGGAGAAUAUGUUUCUCUUGGCAAAGUAGAAGCAGCUCUGAAGAAUCUUCCGCUGGUAGAUAACAUUUGUGCAUACGCAAGCAGUUUCCAUUCUUACGUCAUUGGAUUUGUUGUGCCAAAUCAAAAGGAGCUUGCAGAACUAGCUCGAAAGAAAGGAUUUAAAGGAACCUGGGAAGAAAUCUGUAACAGUCCAGAGAUGGAAAAAGAGGUACUGAAGGUGCUAGCUGAGGCUGCCAUGGCAGCUAAUCUGGAGAAAUUUGAAAUACCAGUGAAAAUCCGUUUGAGCCCUGAUCCUUGGACCCCUGAGACUGGAUUAGUGACAGAUGCGUUCAAACUGAAACGCAAGGAGCUCACGGCGCACUACCAGGGGGACAUCGACCGGAUGUACGGGACACAUGUCAAAUAAGUACUUCUCUGCACCACGUUGCUACAGUGAGCUUGGAUCAAAUAGGAAAUACUUGAAUUGCCUGUCUCAGCACUUGAGAUCAAACACCAAACCACCAUUCCUCAUUUGAAGCCUAAACUGUUAUUUCUGAUAACAUCGCCCUGAUGACCAGCGAGUUUAGUAAAAUCUUACGGCAGCAAACUUGUGUCUGUCUCCUUUUUUAUCCAGUUUUCUCUGCUACCUUGUCAGUUCUUGGAUUUUCCUGACUGUUUUUGGGAAACCAUGAUUCUGAAAGCCUCAAGUUUUUAAACAUUUAUAAAUCCUGUAUAAUGUUUUAUUUGUAUCUUUAACAUUUGGAUGUAUAUAGGGAGAACUUGGCCAUGUAAGAAAUGGUGAUACUGGGGGCCUUUUUUUUACCUAACUACUUCAAGAUAAGGUACUGAUGUUGUGACAUUCUGUAAAUUAAAAAUGCUUAUAAUGACGUCACUGUUGAACAGAGGACCAGAUGAUUUGCUGCUGUGGUAUUUUUCUGUGUGAAUCUGAGGGAAAAACAUUUGACGUUACAGCUUGUUUAAAACAUCCUUAAUAUGUGCCUAAUGGUUGCUUUUAUUUUUGUCUGAAAGUGAAAAGAUGGUCAUGGCACAGCUCUGCAUAAAGGUGGGUAACUGUGCAGGUGUUAGUGAGCAUCUUUUGUAUUAAGUAACACUUAUUAACACAGCAGAAAUGAAAUGGAGGAAUAAUCUCUCAAAUACAGAAGCCCCUUCUUGAAGUAGCUCGUGAUCAUUCCGUACAGUAGUUGAACUGCAUGGAGCUAAUAAGAACUCUCAGAAUUAAUUUCAAUUAAUGCUUUGUACGUUUAACAGUGUCUAGCAGAGAGACUGCAACAAAUCCUGUUCUGUUUUCUUGUUAGAUUUGGACAACAGUGUGGGUUUGCUGUUUGGUUUGUACAAGUAUGAUAACAGCCCUGUUCUGUGCUAGCUGCAUCCCAGAUCUUACUGGAGAGAGGGGAGGCUGAAGUCCUAAUAGCAGUUAUGUUCUCAGUUCACACAGUGCCUAGCUGCCCUUUGUGCCAUUACAAAUCUCCCUUUUAAUGUUGUGUUCUUCUAUUCAGAGGUUUGUUUUUUGUUCCUUUCAAACACAGAUAUUUGAGCUAUUUGUCAGCCAGAGUUGUAUUUAUGUUACUUGUCUAAUCGUUACACCAAAAUUCUUACUUUGGGAAGGAGUCUCAGUUUCUGUUUUGCUGUAGAUAUGUGAAUAUUGUUUGAAGAGUUACCAGAAAUCUCUUCAUCUUCAGUGACAACACUUAGAUUUGUUUCGGAUUUGAGUUUUAUUCUCAAAAUAUUUCUAGAAAGAAGAUAAUCAGGGUUACAUCAGUGUGAAAAAAUACACAUCCCUCAACUUUGUGAUGGAGCAAAUACAAAAACGGUGUUAAUUUGGAGAAAAUUCUUGCGUGUAUCAUACUGGCAGUGCUAAAAGUUGAAGUCUUGUUGCUACCUACUUAAUAGCAUGUUAUGGCAGCAUGUGGCAUUUCUGAACAGCAGAAGGUUGGUUUGGGGAAGGG